AUGACGACACUCUUUCAUGACAUGGUGCACGAGGAAAUUGAGGUCUAUGUGGCCGACAUGAUUUCUAAGUUCAAGACUGAAGAGGAGCGUGUUGAGUAUUUAUUAAAGUUGUUUCAACGUCUGAGGAAGUACGAGCUCCGUAUGAACCCCAACAAAUCUACUUUCCGUGUCCGUUCAGGAAAGCUCCUAGGCUUCAUCGUCAAUCAACAAGGUAUUGAGGGCUUGAUAUUUGAUGGAGUUGUUAAUGCUUAUGGAAAUGGAAUCGGGGCAGUCAUUGUCACUCCUCACGGUUCUCAUAUUCCAUUUACCGUAAGAUUUACAUUCACUUGUACAAACAACAUGGAAGAGUAUGAAGCAUGCAUUAUGGGUCUUGAAGAGGCUAUCGACUUGAGAAUCAAAAUUAUGAAUGUAUAUAGAGAUUCAGUUUUGGUGAUUAAUCAAAUCAAAGGAGAAUGGGAAACCCGUCAGCCUGGUUUGAUUCCUUACAAAGAUUAUGUGAGGAGGUUAUCAACUUUCUUCAACCAAAUUGAAUUUCAUCAUAUACCUCGUGAGUAG